AUGCCUCCAGCAACUAUGCGUGCAGUUGUCCUCAAGGGAGACUUCAAGGUGGCCGUUGAAGACAGGCCUUACCCCAAGAUCCAAAAGCCAACCGAUGCAAUCCUCAAAGUGACCUCAACCGCGCUUUGCGGAUCCGAUCUCCAUUUCUACCGCGGCCAUCUCAAAUGUCCACCCGAAUUCAUCUGCGGGCACGAAUUCGUCGGUACCAUCAUCGAAAAGGGUGACGACGUCAAAAACUUCGAAAUCGGAGACCAUGUUGUUGUCCCCUUCUACACUGCCUGUCAGGAAUGCUACUACUGUGUCCGUGGCCAGGCGAGUCGUUGUUCCAAAGGCGAAUUGUUUGGGAACUCCGUCCCGGCCAAUACCAUCGAUGGCGGCCAGGCGGAGUAUGUCAGGGUUCCGUUAGCGGGGACGACUUGUGUGAAGACACCUCAGGGUAUUCCCGAGGAAAUGCUCGUGUUGAUGGCCGACAUUUUUCCCACGGGCUAUUUCGCCGCGUCCCGGUUCCUGAAGAACCUCUCGCAACGCGAUCGCGACGAAUUCACCACCGUGGUCAUCGGCUGUGGGCCCGUGGGGAUUUGUGCGAUCACCUGUGCACUCACGAUGGUGAAGACCGUGUAUGCCAUCGAUUCUGUGCCUGAACGUCUGGCCGAGGCCGAGAAGAUCGGCGCCAUUCCCAUCAACUUGAACGACAACCCGGUCGAAAAAAUCAAAGCGGUCAGCAGCGGACGUGGGGCGGACGUCGUGCUCGAGGUCGUCGGCCACGCGGACGCAUUCAUGUUGGCCUUCGACAUGAUUAGGCCGUGGGGCCAGAUCAGUUCUAUUGGCGUGCAUACUGAGAUGAUUCCGCUGAAUGGGCUGCUUUGCUAUGGUAAGAAUGUCACGAUGGCAUUUGGAAGAUGCCCAGUCCGGAGUAUCUUUGAGGAUGCACUUAAGUUGCUGGUCCAGGAGCAGAAGAAGGUCGCAUUCUUGUGCGGGAAGACCAUGUCACUUGAGGAUGCACCGCAGGCGUACAAGGACUUUGAGGCCCGGAAGGUGCACAAGAUCGUCUUUAAGAUGCCAGGCGAGCAAACGGGGCAGAGUGUGGCGGAUAAAGUGUAG